AUGUCCCGCAAAGGAACACCCCGCUCGACGCGGUCAAAGGGCAGCCCCGCUGCUACGAAUGGCACGCCCUCGCCGUCGCGCUCCCCGAGCAAGCCGUCUGCCCGCUCUGCGCUCUUGAACGUGAUUUCGCAGCCGAAACACUCGCACCCCGCCGUCACCUUUGACAGCUCGCCGUUCGAGGACGCCAACGAGAAGGGCAGCAAGAAUGCCGCUGGAGCAAACGGGCAUGCGCACCCGGAGGAGGAGAUCUACUCGGAUCAGAGCACCGUGUCGUCGUAUGCGUCGAGCACUGGCAGCCCGGUGCGCACCCCGACCGACCAGGAGAUUCACGACAUGUACGACGGCUACCUGACCAAGCCGAAUGUCAAGGUCAAGACGGACUACAAGCACUCCGAGUUCGGCCACUGCAACAACCAGAACUACCGAUGGACAUCGCAGUACAACCCGGCCGAGCCCGUCACGCCCGAGAUCGAACCGCAGCCCCCGUACUACAUUCUGCUCACGACGUACAUCACGUACACGAUCAUCAUUAUUCUCGGCCACAUCCGCGACUUUUUCGGCAAGCGCUUCUACCCGUCGCACUAUGCGCACCUCCUGCCGCGCAACGGGUAUGCCGCGCUCAACUCAGACUUUGACUCGUUCUACGUUCGUCGUCUCAAGGUCCGCCUCGAUGACUGCUUCUCGCGCCCCGUCACUGGUGUCCCCGGACGAACGAUCCAGCUCCUCGACCGCUACUCGAACGACUCGUACGAGUCCUUCCACCUCUCCGGCACUCAGACCCGCGCCCUCAACGUCUCGUCGUACAACUACCUCGGCUUUGCUUCGUCGUCUGGUGGUUGCGCCGACGCCGUCGAGGAGGGUAUCCGCCGCUACGGUGUUGCUGGCGGUGGCCCCCGUCACGACGCUGCCACGACCGACCUCCACCACCAGGCCGAGAAGCUCGCUGCUGAUUUCGUCGGUGCCGAGGACGCCGUCAUCGUCUCCAUGGGUUUCGCGACCAACUCUACGACCCUGCCUGCCUUUGUUGACAAGGGAUGCCUCGUCAUCUCUGACGAGUUCAACCACGCCUCGAUCCGUUUCGGUGUCCGUCUCUCUGGUGCCUCGGUCCGUCCCUUCAAGCACAACGACAUGAAUGCGCUUGAGGAGCUGCUCCGCGACUCGAUUGCGCAGGGCCAGCCCCGCACCCACCGCCCUUGGAAGAGGAUCAUCGUUGUCGUCGAGGGCCUGUUCUCUAUGGAGGGCACGCUCGUCAAUCUUCCCGCCAUUCUUGACCUGAAGCAGCGUUACAAGUUCUACCUGUACGUUGACGAAGCGCACUCUGUCGGCGCCAUGGGCCCCAACGGACGCGGUGUCUGCGACUACUUUGGCAUCGACCCGCGCGAGGUCGACAUUCUCAUGGGCACUUUCACCAAGUCGUUCGGAGCCGCCGGUGGCUACAUUGCCGGUAACAAGGAGGUCAUCCGCUGUCUGCGCAUGCGCUCGCACGCCAUGUGCUACGCCGAGGCCAUGUCCCCGCCUGUCCUCACGCAGAUCAUCGCCUCCAUGUCGGCCAUCAUGGGUAUUUCGCCUCCGCUCCCGCCUCCCGUCGAGCGUGACGACAGCGACGCUGCCUCGGCCCUCUCGCUCUGGUCACGCAACCAGUCGUUCGGCCCCGCUGUUGCCGCCGAGCUGCCCACCUGGCUCAGCCUGCCGCGCGAGCUCUCCGACGGUUCCGAGGGACGCGAGCGUCUUCGCCGCCUCGCCUUCAACUCGCGCUACCUCGCUUCUGGUCUCCGCAAGCUCGGCUUCAUCGUGUACGGCCACCGCGACUCGCCCAUCAUCCCGCUCCUCCUCUACAACCCCGGCAAGAUGGGCAUGUUCUCGCGCAUGAUGCUGAACCGUCUCGGCCCGGACAAGACGCCCAUCGCGGUCGUCAUCGUCGCGUACCCGGCCACGCCGCUCAUCACGUCGCGUGUCCGCUUCUGUCUCUCGGCGUCGCACACCAAGACCGACAUUGAUCUCCUGUUACGCGCGUGCGACGAGGUCGGAGAGUACCUCAACCUCAAGCUCACGGACGAGCACUGGCCCGUCGACCAGGUCAUUGCGCGCGCCGAGGAGCUCGUCGCCGCGACGGAUCUUGAUGCUGUCAAGAUCUGGCGGCGCUGA